AUGAGGCUGCUGGCAUUCGCGGUGUUGGCUCUAUUUGCUGUCACUCAAGCAGAGGAAGGAGCCAGGCUUUUGGCCUCCAAAUCACUGCUGAACAGAUACGCUGUGGAGGGGCGAGACCUGACCUUACAGUACAACAUUUACAAUGUUGGCUCGAGUGCUGCAUUAGAUGUGGAAUUAUCUGAUGAUUCCUUCCCUCCAGAAGACUUUGGCAUUGUCUCUGGAAUGCUCAAUGUCAAAUGGGACCGGAUUGCUCCUGCUAGCAACGUCUCCCACACUGUGGUCCUGCGACCUCUCAAGGCUGGUUAUUUCAACUUCACCUCAGCAACUGUUACAUACCUGGCCCAGGAGGAUGGGCCUGUUGUGAUCGGCUUUACCAGUGCACCUGGACAGGGAGGAAUCCUGGCUCAGCGGGAGUUUGAUAGAAGAUUCUCCCCCCAUUUUCUGGACUGGGCAGCCUUCGGGGUCAUGACCCUCCCUUCUAUCGGCGUCCCCCUGCUGUUGUGGUACUCCAGCAAGAGGAAAUAUGACACCCCCAAAACCAAGAAGAACUGA